GACGCGUGCGCGGCUCCUGCGGGCGGGCGGGCGGACUGCUGCGGGCCUUCGCUUCAAUCAGAGGAUGGCCGCGGCGGCGGCGGGUGGCACCGCGGGUCAGGCCUCUGGCCCGGCUCCCGCCAGGGCCCCGCCACCAGGAAGUGCUGCGUCCUCCAGGGCCCCGCCGCAGGCGCUGCGGAGGCGUGGGGAUUCGCGGCGCCGCCAGGCCGCGCUGUUCUUCCUCAACAACAUCUCCCUGGACGGGCGGCCCCUGAGCCUGGGCCCCGGAGGUGAGAAACCCCUGCCGCCGCUGACACCCGCCGAGACCCAGGAGCCGCCGGCUCCCCCGCCGCCGCCCCCGGAGCCCGCGCCGGCCCGCGGGGCCCCGCCGCCACUCGCGCCCCCAGCAAUCCCGCCCGCGCCCUUCGCACCUGCACCCACCAAGGCCUCGGCGCCCCAGGGCCUGCUCAGUCCUGCGCCGCCCGCGGGCCUCGGCCUCGGGCUCGGCUUAGAUGGGCAACGCCAGAGAAGGCGUGUAGCCUCCCAGCGCUGCUCCCUUGAGUUCCUGGAAGAUGCUGUGGGAUGUGCCUCGGUUCCCAGAACCAAACACAUCUCUGGAUCUCCAAGACAUAAAGGCCUGAAGAAGACUCAUUUCAUCAAGAACAUGAGGCAGUAUGACACCAAGAAUAGCAGGAUCGUGCUGAUCUGUGCCAAGCGCUCCUUGUGUGCAGCCUUCUCAGUUCUACCCUAUGGAGAAGGCCUGCGGAUCAGUGACCUGAGGGUGGACAGCCAGAAGCAGAGGCAUCCAUCUGGCAGUGUUCCUGUUUCCUCUGAGAUGGUCUUCGAGCUGGAAGGUGUAGAGCUGGGAGCAGAUGGAAAGGUCGUGUCUUAUGCGAAGUUUCUGUACCCAACGAAUGCCUUGGUUACACACAAGACUGACAGCCAUGGCCCACCUCCCCAGCCUCGUGCCAGUGUCCCCCGGGCUCUACCAGGGUCAAGAUACAAACCUGUCCCCACCAAGUCGGUGCCAGCUGGCACAGAACUAGGGAGUGAUGCAGGGGAUGCCCUGGAGUACAACCCCAACCUUCUGGAUGACCCACAGUGGCCCUGUGGCAAGCACAAACGGGUCCUCAUCUUUGCAUCCUACAUGACAACAGUCAUAGAGUAUGUGAAGCCUUCCGACCUCAAGAAGGACAUGAACGAGACGUUCCGAGAGAAGUUCCCGCACAUUAAGCUGACGCUGAGCAAAAUCAGGAGUUUGAAGCGAGAGAUGCGAAACCUGUCUGAGGAGUGCAGUCUGGAGCCCGUGACAGUGUCCAUGGCCUACGUGUACUUCGAGAAGCUUGUACUGCAGGGCAAACUCAACAAGCAGAACCGAAAGCUGUGCGCUGGGGCCUGCGUGUUACUCGCCGCCAAGAUCAGCAGCGACCUCCGCAAGAGUGAAGUGAAGCAGCUCAUUGAUAAAUUGGAAGAGAGGUUUCGGUUCAACAGGCGGGACCUGAUUGGCUUUGAGUUCACAGUGCUGGUGGCCUUGGAGCUGGCCCUCUACCUUCCUGAGAACCAGGUGUUACCUCACUACCGCCGCCUCACCCAGCAGUCCUAGCCCAGGCCACUGCCCCACCAGCUUUGCACUCCAAGUUCAUAGCUGCUCAGUACCCACAGGAAUGCUCCCAGGCACCUAAGGGUGCCCCACCCUUAGUGGGGACGUUGUAGUUUCUCUUACACCCUUAGUUCCUUAGAGGGACCAUGCUUUCUUCCCAAAGCACACCGGACAGCCAGUGCUAUUUCUGAACAUCUUCCUGGAUUUUUACAUGAAAAGAUUUUUUUUGUUUUGUUUUUUUUCCUGUGCCCUCUGGUACCAGAACCUCUCUGAUCACUUGGCAUGGUGCAUUCUGACCUGAUGCUAUCUUUCUUUCAUCUCAUCUCUCACAAAUGAUGCAGUACUGUACCCACCUGGGGGCAGUGACCUGGCCUCCCAGGUCAUACCAAAUGCACUGAAAUUGUUGAAGUCAGCACAUUGAUCUUGGCUCUUUCCACUUUUGGAUGUAGAAACACAGCACUGUGGACCCUGUGUCUGGCUCCUUCCUACCCAGCAGAGUCCCUCAUAAAUUACAGCAUCCCUGUCCCCAAGCAGAGCUCUGGAAGCAGGUCAUCCCACAAGAAACUCCUGGUUGUAUGGACCCCACUAUUGUUCUUUGGCCUCUAUUCUUCCAAGCAUCAUGUCACUGUGAAGCCCUGAUGCCCCAGGUGUCAUACACCCUAACAGCCACCCCCACCCCAGCCUUGGCCCAUCCCAAAUGGACAGCCACCCUCUGCCUCUUACUUGCCCACAACACCCUGAACUUCAGGACUGCUGAAUGGGCUCUUCUUGGCUCUUGAUCUCCUAAGCAAUAUUGUGACAGAGGGGUUAGGGGGAAAGCCUAUUUAUUGUAACUGGGGAUUUGGUUUUGUGUUUUCUGAAGUGACUUGAAACCACUUAACCCUUAGGCAGAGACUGAUCACCAACACCCCCACCCCAGCACUGCCUCCAUCUGGGGUCAGUCUGUCUUGUUCUUCCAGGCAAGUUCAGUGGGUGCACUGGCCAGUGCCAUCUGUGCCAGAUCUAUGCCCAGCAUUAUCUGCAGGAUCCAUGUCUAUCUUUCCCAGGAAUCUGUCCUCCUUUGCACAUUGCAUGAACUCUUGCAACCAGUUUCAGAUUGUCCCACCCUUCAGCUCAUUACCCAUCAAAAAUCUGAAGAACCAAGGACUGUUGAGUUUCCUCUCCUGCUAUUGUCCGUCUUAGAGAGGCUCUGGUCACUGGUAUUCUGCCGGCAUGGACUGCUUUUAUAGGACCAGCUCUGCUCACCACCAGUACCUCAGCCUCCACCCCAGUAUGGGUGGCAGGCCUACUGUUAACCAGAACCAAGUCUGCAUCCCCUCAUUGCCAUGAACUGUCUGCUCCAGGGAGUAUCCCGUCCUCUCCCACUUGGUUCUCCAAACUCAUCUCACCCAGAGAUGGGAGGAUGGAAGCUGCUAGGCCAGGAGCUGUGUUCUGCCACCAACGCAUCUCGAGGGCACUGUGACUUCCAAAGUUCUGGUUUACAACUCAGUCUGGAGGGACAUGGCUCCUUUGGCAACAUCUGUAUAUAUAUGUUACAAGAGCUGAUACAGUAAUUUAACUUAUAUUUAUAUAGUAGAGUGGCUUGUAGCCUUUUUGGUUUUAAGUCCUACCCACUCAACCCCACCCCAGUAUCCUUAAUAAGCCAAGAGCAGUCACUGUGUGGUGCUCCAGAAUCAUUACAGAAGCCAGUAUUGAAGCUAGACUUCAGUCUGAGCCCUGAUCCUUGUUAUAACCGGGGUGUCUGAGGUGUCAGAGCCUGGUGCUCCUCCUUAGUGCCCAAUAGCAAUUGUGGGUCUCAAUGUCAAUUGUCACAGAUUGUUAGCAAAUGAUAAUGUACUUGUGCUUUUAAGUAAAUCUUGGUUUUGCAACAUG